AUGACGAUUCGAGAUAGCGACGCCUCGGGUGCGAAGAAGGAGCACACCAACAUGACACAUGGCGACAACAACAGCUUCUUCGAGCACGAUGUUGAGAUGCUGGGAUCCGUGGACGCUCAUCUGCUCAACACCACCGUCCAGAACAUCUCGUGGGAGGGCACGGAGGUCACCGUCAAGGACAGGGUGACGAAGCAGCCCAAGAAGAUCGUCGACCACGUCAACGGGAUCGUGGAGGCUGGAGAAAUCUGCGCCCUCAUGGGCCCCUCGGGCUGCGGCAAGACAACCCUCCUCAACGUCCUCGCAGGCCGCCCCACAAACGCCUCCUCGGUCUCCGGCUCCGUCCUCGUCAACGGCGCGAAGCCCUCGCGCUCCCAGUUCCGCCAGAUGAGCUGCUUCGUGGAGCAGGAGGACGCCCUCAUCGGCUCGCUCACCGUCCGCGAGACCUUGCUGUUCACCUCGCGCCUCUCCAGCACCUCCUCGCUUCCCGCCAGCGAGCGCCUCGCGCGCAUCGAUGGCCUGCUCAACGCUUUCGGUCUCAACGAGCAGGCCAACACCAUCAUCGGCACGCCGAUCCGCAAGGGCAUCUCGGGCGGGCAGAAGAGGCGUGUUGGUGUGGCGAGCCAGCUUAUCACGAGCCCGAAGAUCAUGUUCCUGGACGAGCCGACGAGCGGGUUGGAUUCUGCGGCGAGUUUUGAGGUGAUCAGUUACCUCAAGACGGUGGCUAAGCGGAGCAACCUCAUCGUCAUCGCCUCCAUCCACCAACCCUCCACCUCCACCUUCAACCUCUUUGACAAGCUCCUCCUCCUCUCCGCCGGCAAGACGCACUACUUUGGCCCCGUCAACAACGUCGUCCCCUACUACGAGUCCCUCGGCAUGCCGAUCCCCACGCAGGUGAACCCGGCCGAGCACGUGCUCGAGAUGGUUAACACGGAUUUCGUCAAGGACAAGCGCCAGGCGGCGCAGAGGCUCGAGGCGAUGCACGGCGCCUGGGAGGAGUCGCGCCCGGCCAAGGAGCUGCGGGCCGCCAUCGCCGAUGCCGAGAAGAAUAGCAAUUCCCUAGACGACGACCAGGCGGAGAAGAAGCCCGGCUUGCCGAGUCUCGCGCUGACGUUGCUGCACCGGAGCUUCAUCAAGAGUUAUCGGGAUGUUGUGGCGUACGGGAUCCGGUUUGUCAUGUACACUGGUCUGGCUAUCAUGAUGGGUACUGUAUGGCUUCGCCUUUCGACUGACCAGGAGUCCAUUAUCCCCUUGACCAAUGCCAUUUUCCUCGAAGACCGCGACCAAUACGUGAAGGAGCACCAAAACGGUCUCUACGGCCCAACAGCUCUCCUCAUCUCAAACUUCUUCAUCGGUAUCCCCUACCUCUUCCUCAUCGCCCUCAUCUUCUCCGUAAUCUCCUACUGGCUUUCCAACUUCCGCCCCUCAGCCACGGCCUUCUUCAUCUGGGUCCUCUGGCUCUUCCUCGACCUGCUCGCCGCCGAGUCCCUCGUCGUCUUCUUCGUCUCCCUCUUCCCCAGCUUCGUCAUCAGCCUCGCGCUCGUCGCCUUCGCAAACGGCCUCUGGAUGAGCGUAAACGGCUUCAUGGUCUCCCCCACCAUUCUCAACUCGUUUUACAAGUACGUCUUCCACUACUGGGACUACCAGAAGUAUGUGUUCGAGGGCAUGAUGCACAACGAGUUCGGGCACCGCACAUAUACCUGCGGGAAAGGGUGCCAGUGCAUGUACCAGACCCCGCUGGCGAGCGAGUGCAAGAUUGCCGGGCAGGGCGUGCUCGAUACGUACGGGUACACAGAGAACCACUUUGGCAGAGACGUGGGCAUCAUGCUUUCCAUCGUCAUCGGAUACCGCAUCGCGGCGUGGAUCGUGUUGAAGAUCAAGAAGAACUGA